CCCGCACUCAACCCGCGCAAGUGUGUGUGCGGCAAGCUGUUGUUUUUCUUUCGUGCUGCUUCUCAUGCUGCUGCUGUCACUGAUUUGCGACCAAAGUGUCCUGUCUUUUUGAGUGUGGUGUGUUGUGUGUGUGCUUCUGCUUCUUCUUCCUUCUUCGUUCCCCCUCCUUCGUCUCGCCCUGCCACUGCUGCCACCACCGCCUGCUGCUCGUUCCUUUUUCGCUUCCCCCCUCUCUCCUCUUUUUGGUGUGGUGUGGCUUGCUUGGGCCGGGUCACCCCCUCUCUCUUCUCUCUCUUCUCUCUCUUCCCUCCUUUCCCCUUUCUUCCUUUUGUUGUUGUUGUUUUGUCUCAUCUCUUCCCCUCUCUGCCCGUGCCCUCCUCACAUCCCCCCCCCCCUUUGCUCUUCCAUCAACGCCUCGUUUUUGAUCACCCCAUCUGUCCUUUCCUUCGUGUGUGUUCGCACCGGUCCACUUCCCAUUCAUCCAAGUUCCAUGUGGUGGUGUGGUCCGUGGUGAUAAGCCACACGCUCCCCUUCCCCCCUCCUGUUGUUCCCUCCUCUCCCCUCGUUCUUCUUCUUCGGCUCUUUUCUCUCGCACUUUCUCUUUCUCUUCCCCACCGGGACUCAACGCCACAUCCUCCUCUCCGCUCACAAGCUUCCCUUCCCCAAGAACCAACAACGAUGGCCAACGAAGAGCGAGCAUGGAUCAAGAAGUUCGAGUGGGCUCUGCGAGUUGAGACACAGCGCCACGCACGUCUCUUUACGCACCUCAUGCCAACCCUCAUCCGCUUCGACCUCUUUGAACUCCGCCAAGUCGUCGCCAACGACCUUCUCGAGAUGGCUUCGUUGAACCGGCACGGGCAACCCCGCAACAACCCAACCGUCAGCCAGCAAGUCUUCUCGCUCGCCCUCGCGGCCUUGGACGCCUACCUUGCCUCCAUCGGCCCGCGCGCGCACGUAGACAACGCGCACACUAUCGUGCGCAUUGCGGCCGCCACCGCCUACUCCGUCGCCCAGAAGUACAUUGACGUGGAAACAGUCAAUCGCGACGCCAUCCAGCGCAUCUUUCACACCGAGUGGCGGCUCAUCGAGGAGAACGAGACCAUCCUGUUCCACCGCCUUGGGUUCAACCUCAACAUCAUGACGCCCUGCCGCUUCAUCACUCUCCUCACCGCUGUCCUCGGCAACGGCAACUGGAACCGUGAUCGCCUCUGGCACCGCGCAAACGCGCAGUGCAACUUCAUCCUCACACACCACGAUCUGGCGUGCCUCGAGCCAGCCGUCAGCUACGGGCCCUCCCUCCUCGCCGGCGCGUGCGUGUGUGAUUCGCUCUCGGCGGAAAUCAGGGCCGCCGGUGUCCCCAACGCCCCAGAUCUCAUUCGUGACGUCUGCGAAGGAUUUUCCCGACGCUUCUUCCUCGAGCGCCGCGCGGAGCUGUUCCACUGUCUGGCGUUUGUGCGGGCAAUGCCUGCUGAUGGCCGCGCCGACGACUGUCUCCUCUUUAUUGGUCACCGGCCCGCAGACCUCGUGCCACCCCCACAUCCCGAACACCACGACCAACACCACGAUCACCACCACGAUCAACACCAUCACCAGCAGCACCAUGGCGUCGGGGGUGUACUUGCCAGCCCUGACGUGGCCCGCGACGGGAGCGGUGACGAUGACGGUGCGGAGGGCGAUGAUGAAGGCGACGGCGGCUUUGACACAGACACGGACACGGAACUGCUUGACGACCGCGAGGAUGAGGCCGCUCAUCACAAUCACGAUACCAGCGACAAUGACAAGAACGACAAGAACAGCUCUUACUAUCGUCGUCGUCGUCGUGCUGCUGGUGCUGCGGGUGCAGGUGCUGGUGUCACCCAAGCCGCAGCAUCUUCAUCAUCGUCGUCAUCAUCAGCGUCAUCAUCAGCGUUCCCUCCGUCCACCGCUCGAGCGCGCACGACCGUCUCUGCGCCGCCAUCAACAGCGCCAUGGCGCACACGGCCCGCCACCACAACGACUGCCAUCACAAGCACUGUUUCAUCAGCAAUACCAACAACAGCAUCAGCAUCAGCAACAGCAACAACAUCAUCAACAACAGCAACAGCAGCAACCACCUCCAGCACCACGUCUGUGGUCAACAACACCAGCAGCAGCCACCACGGUGUGCCUGCUCGCACCCCUGGCGACGGCUACCGCGACAUUGGCAUGCAGGGGAGCAACUUGCUGACUGCUGGUGUUGCUGCAACAGUGCGCGCACAACAGGAGCGGCGCCGCCAAGAGAGAAUCAUGAAGCAGCAGAGAGCGCAGGAAGAAGAAGAAGGCGAUGAUGGUGAUGACCACGAUGAUGAUGGUGAUGACCACAAUGACGACGACGACGAUGAUGAUGAUGAUGAUGAUGAUGGGCACGAUGCACUCGUCAGCGAGAAGGAGAACAGGAAAACCACUCACGGUGGGAAGGAUGCCCCUGCUGACGACGGCGAUGAAGGAGACGAACAGCAACGGCGUCAAGUACACAAGAGCAAGAGCAAGAGGACCAGCAGCAGAGCCACCGACAGCAACCCCACCAUCACCACCAACAGCAGCAGCGGCAGCGGCGGCGGCAGCAGCAACGGCGGCAGUGGUGGUGAUCAAGUGACCGGUGCUUCGCGUCGCACCACCCAUCCUCGCUCGAUCCUCAAAACAUCGCCACCCGGGACCCGCCUGCGCAUUCUGCACGUGGAGUUCAAGCAGGACCGGGAGAAUUUCGAGGGCAAAGCAGCCCCGUUCCAGCCCAUGAUCCCCGAAGAUGGCAGGCGUGGUCGUAGCGGCGGUCAUGGUGAUGGUGGUGAUGGUAGUCAUGUCGCAUCGCGUGGAUCUGCCAAGGACGAGUAUGAGGAUGGCGAUGCCGGCGAUGGUGAUGGUGAUGGGAACAAGGACGAGCAGGGCGACAGCGACGAUGAUGAGUUCUACACCGUGUUCAGCCAAGAUGAGGACGAAGGUGCUGAUGACGACGAUGACCUCGAUUACGACAACUACGACUUCCUGAGCGGCGGUGCGCGACAACACUGCCCCUCAACGCGGUCUGUGCCGGAGGGCGAUGGCGACGAGGAAGAACAAGGCACACAGGAACAUGGCAAUGAUGGUGGUGGUGAUAGUGAUGAUAGUGUCAACGGUGUUGAUGGUGCUGAUGGUGGUGCUGGCAAUGAUUUCAAUGGCAACAGUGGCAACGCCGAUGCCAGCACAUUCAGGCGUGAGAGAGGAAAGCGCAGCCCCGACGAGGUACUCAUUGAAUCGCCCACGCGUUACAACUCGCCCAAGAAACGGCCACACGGCGUGGACAGCAUGCGUGGUGUCUCUGCUGGCGGUCGGGCGUGUGUUCACGCAUCGCCAUCCAAGGCCGCUGUGUCAAGAGCACUUGCAGCGGCACCAGCUGCCGACAUGCGCAAGACACCGCCAAGGCAGGAGGAUGCACAAGAGACGGUUGUCUCCUCGCCGACACCGCCAACGCCGCCAACACCCUCUGAUUCGCACAGAAGAAUGAACUCGAAGCGAGCAGCCAGGGAUGUGCUUGAGGAGAGCAGCGGUGCUGUCACCGCUGGCCGACGCACGCGAUCCAAGACGCAAAUGCAGACAGCAGAGCAGGUGGAUGGCUGGCAGCAACGGCAGCAGCAGCAGCAGCAGCAGCAGCAGCAGCGGGAAGAAGAAGAGGAGCAGGUGCCACGGCCGCGAACCCGCCUCUCAACCCGGAGGCUCACACCCAAGUGAUGCCUGGUGAUGAUUGUCGAGCGGGAUAAUGGGUGGUGGAUUGGUGGUGAUGGGAAGGAGCACCCAUGGUUGUGUGUGCUCUUUGUAUUGUUUUGUUUUUCUGUGCGUUUUUAAUUGGUCUUGCGUUCAUCUCAUAAUUGGCCCAGCAGCUACGCUUACCCGAUACGUGCUCGCCUUCCCUUCCUUCCAGCCCCCCCCCCCUUUUUCUCAAUCCUCGUGACCCACUUUCCCCCAACUCGCAUCCCUUUCAUCUUCGUCCUUCACCUUUCCGGUUGUGGUCUCGUGCGUUCUUUGUCUCUUAUUUUGUUGUUUGAUUGACCCUUUGCUUUUGCUUUGCUUGCUGUGUUCGUCUGUUGGUUGGCCAUCAGCCACGUGCACCGCACGUGCUGCCCCAAUCUCCAAAACGCCGCGCGUGUUGGUGGUGUGACAUGGCCUGCUGCUGCUGGUGCGGGUUGUUAUUGCGGUGGUCGUGGUGCCAGAGGCGGUGCUGGUUGUUAUUGUGGUGGUGUUGGUGUUGGCGGUGGUGGUGGUGAUCCUCGGCGUUGUUCGCGUCUGUCGUUUGUGUUGGUUGUUGCAGCCGCUCCCGUCGAGCAGCCACGGCCGAGUGCGUGUCCUUGCUAUUCUCUUCGUAUGUAGUCGAUUAAAUCAACCCCAAG